AUGCAUUCCGACAAGCAAUCACCCGGCUGUUGGACAAUCACUAGUUGGAUAGUGACCUUUUGGGCACUCCCAGUGAUGCUUCGAAGUUUUGGAUUACGCGACAAACAAAUGCAACAAGCCUGGAGAGAGAAGUUCACUCUUGUUAUGGUCAUUGUCAGCUUGUGCGUCAUCGUUGGAUUUUUGACCUUCGGCUUCAAUGUGACAGUCUGUGGGCGAGAACCAGCACGUAUCCGUCCCGCUGGGGUUUCCAAUGAACAGAUCGUCAUUUCCGGACGAGUCUUUGAUCUUGACGGCUUUAGCCACAAUACCGACGUAACUGGUAUACCCCCAAGUGGAGAUAUAAGAGACCCUCCUCUAUCUGCCGGUGGAAAAGAUCUUUCCUUCAUGUUCCAAGUAGUGAAUAACAACUGUAAAGGGAUCUUCAUUCCUUUAAAAGACGAUGAUGGCAAAGGCAAUGUGGCCAACUACUUCCCUUGUGUACCAAUUGAUCGUUAUGCACCCUCUGUGAAUGGAACGGAAAACGCCAAGAACUCUGGAUGCCACGUUAGUGUCAAAGCAAGAACCGCUUUGAGAGGUCUUAAGCUGGUUGGCGACGUCUACUACAACUGGACGGACAUACAAAAGCCUAAAACAAGUCUGGUUGCUUUCAAUGGAAAUGUGCUUGAUCUUUCUCGAUUGCGGUAUCUGGUCCCUAACGUUCCGCUACCAACGCAAAUUGCACAAUUUGCUGGUCCAGGAAACCCAUUCAUCGGCCACGAUGCCACUUACUGGCUCAGUAGUACUGCUGAUCGACUUCAGCUUGGUAAAUGCAUGACCGAUGUUUUGAAAGUCGGUGUAUUGGACAAUCGCUCAACCGGGUGUAUUAUAUCCGACGUCGUUCUUUGGUUAUCUUUGGCGGUCAUUUUAAGCGUUGUCUUCAUUCGCUUUUUCUUGGCCUUGAUCUUCGGAUGGAUUUUGUCAUGGAAGCUUGGAAGUAUUCGCGAAGAAACCAGUGAGGAACGACGUAAACGACAAGAUGCCGUCUUACAGUGGGAAAUGGAAAACAACGAUGAUAUGCAUUAUCCUCGAUCCCGUAGUGUCGUGUCGUUCGCACAUAUGGAACAACUUCAAACCAAUAACGGACCCUCUGAAAGUAAUUUGUCCCUACCCCGAGUAGGAACAGCCACCUCCAUGAACACCACUCCUCGAUCAGUCAAAAGAAGAUUUUUGCCCACCACUUCAAGAUUCACUCAGCCCAUUCCAGCUGUGGUAACUGGUCAAUAUAAUUCACCCUACGGUUCUCGGUAUAUGCUUCAAGAUGGAAGCUCAAGUAGCUUGCCUCGUGCCGGUGGUGGUCCUGCACAGUCAGCAUUGAGUCUGCCUUUCAAUAAUGGAUCACAACUGAGCAUUCCACAGCGAGAUUUAUUGGACUCUCAAAUGGCUGAUCUUCAGGCUCAGAACAACUAUAAUUUCAAUUUCGAUCUCAUUCAUACCUUCAUGGUUGUCACUUGCUAUUCUGAAGGCGAAGAUGGUCUUAGAACCACACUGGAUUCACUUGCAAACACCGACUACCCCACCUCACACAAGAUGUUGCUUGUCAUUUGCGAUGGUAUUAUCACUGGCUCCGGUAACUCCAUGUCAACACCAGAUAUCGUCUUGUCCAUGAUGAAGGAUUUCCUUGUUCCCCCCGAUAAAGUAGACGCGUCUUCAUACGUUGCCAUUGCAGACGGAACCAAGCGUCAUAACAUGGCCAAGGUGUAUGCCGGAUACUAUCGAUAUAACGAAGACACAGAAAAGGGUCUAGUUCUCAAACCGGAAGAGCAACAACGCGUGCCAAUGAUCACCAUUGUUAAAUGCGGUAGCCCCGAAGAAGCAACGGACAAGAAACCUGGUAACAGAGGAAAACGUGACAGUCAAGUUAUUCUGAUGAACGCGAUGCAGAAAGUUUACUACGGUGAAAGAAUGUGUCAAUUGGAAUAUCAAUUCUGUAAAUCAAUCGUGAAGCUUUCUGGCCAACACCCGUCAAGAUUUGAAAUAUGUCUCAUGGUGGAUGCCGAUACAAAGGUUUACCCAGAUUCUCUAGCCCGUAUGGUAGCGUGCAUGUCGCGCGAUCCUCGCAUUAUGGGUCUCUGUGGAGAAACCAAGAUUGCAAACAAAUCGGACACAUGGGUUACAGCUAUCCAAGUAUUCGAGUAUUAUAUUUCUCACCACAUGUCAAAAGCUUUCGAAGCCAUUUUUGGUGGUGUUACCUGCUUACCCGGUUGCUUCUGCAUGUAUCGUAUUAUUGCUCCCAAGAAUGGUCGCUAUGUUCCCAUCAUCUGUUCAUCGGAUAUCACUGAAAUGUACUCUGAAAAUGUCGUCGAUACCUUGCAUAAGAAGAAUCUCUUGCUGCUUGGAGAAGAUCGUUAUCUAACCACUCUUAUGUUGCGAACAUUCCCUAAGAGAAAGAUGAUGUUUGUGCCACAAGCUGUAUGCAAAACUGUUGUACCAGAUACUUUCCCUGUGUUGCUGUCCCAGAGACGCCGCUGGAUCAAUUCCACCGUGCACAAUCUGUUGGAAUUGGUUCUUAUUCGCGAUUUGUGUGGUACCUUCUGCUUCUCCAUGCAAUUCGUUGUGUUCAUGGAAUUGGUUGGAACAGUUGUUCUGCCAGCUGCUAUCUCUUUCACCGUAUACCUGAUUGUCAUCUCUUUCUUCGUCACUCCCGUACCAAUCAUACCUUUACUCUUGCUGGCCGCCAUUCUCGGUCUGCCAGCCGUACUCAUUGCUUUGACCACCAGAAAGAUGGUAUACGUCGGAUGGAUGUUGGUAUACUUGUGUUCAUUGCCUAUUUGGAAUUUUGUACUUCCCGUUUACGCUUAUUGGCAUUUCGAUGACUUUUCAUGGGGUGAAACUCGACGUAUUGACGGCGACUCCAAGGAAGAUCACUCUGAGAAGAAAGGCAAGUUUGACAGCAGUCAAAUUCAGAUGAAUCACUUUGAAGAAUGGGCUCGUCUCGAACAGAAAGUCGGUCUGGAAAAUCGGGCUGGCGGUAGCACUCGACGAUGGUGA